AUGACACAGUCCCCUCUCAAGGUGAUCGCCUUGAUAUCCGGCGGCAAAGACUCUCUGUUCUCCAUCCUACAUUGCACGGCAAAUGGGCAUGAAGUCGUGGCCCUUGCAAAUUUACAUCCCAAGCUCUCCAGCAAUGUCGGGACCGAGAGCGGCGACGAGGGAGAAGACAUGAACAGCUUCAUGUAUCAGACGGUCGGGUACUCGGUCAUUCCUCUCUACUCGCAGUGCCUUGGGAUCCCAUUAUACCGGAGAGAAAUCACGGGCACGGCAGUACAGACUGGACGAUAUUACGACAGCGGCCACGACCAGAAAUCUCUUGACGAAACGGAAGAUUUGGCACUUUUGUUGCAAGAUGUGCUCAAGGAGCACCCUGAGGCCAACGCCCUGUGCUCAGGCGCCAUUCUCUCGACGUACCAGCGGACGCGUGUCGAGUCGGUGGCCGUUAGGCUUGGGCUCACUCCCCUGGCGUACCUUUGGCAAUAUCCUGCUCUUCCACCCCCUCCUGGCCGUGAAGACUCUUUGACAGGGCUUCUUCACGACAUGUCGAGCGCUGGGUGCGACGCUAGGAUCAUCAAGAUCGCCAGUGGCGGGAUCAAAGAAAACCUGCUCUGGUCCAACGUCGCAGAUGCAAGAACUCAGUCCAGGCUGGUAACUGGUUUGCGCCCAUUUUUUACAGAUCACGAGUUCUGGCUUCGCGGCGCUGUGCUUGGUGAAGGAGGCGAGUACGAGACGCUCGCCGUGAACGGUCCGAGACCUCUCUGGAAAAGAAGAAUUGAGAUCCCGACAGACAAAACCUCGACCUUCUACGGAGAAGGCGGUGUGUCCUAUUUUCGGCUGGGAACGGCAAAAACCGUAGAGAAUGACAUCCGGGAUUCAUCGAGUGAGGUUUCGGGAACUCCACAGCCUCGCUCUCUCGAUGUACAGUUCGAAAAUGUGCUUGAGAGAGUCCAGACUCAAGCGUCGGAGAUGAUGGUGUCGGACAGUGGCAGGGGUGCAGCAGCAGUCCCUUCAGAGAAUCAAUCGGCGAGCUUCUCCAAUGAGCUUAUGCCUAUGACUCAGAAUCUGGCCGCAGCUUAUCUUACCAUUUCCAACAUUACUGCCACAAAAACAGGCGUACCGUCUGAUGACACUGAGACUGCCGCCGACCAGAUGAGACAUAUAUGCAAACAGCUCAAUGCCGUGCUCGACUCAAUUAAAGUCCCUGGAAGAUUGACAACGUCAAACAUUGUGUCCACAACAUUGCUGCUCAAGGACAUGUCACAAUUCGCGUCGGUAAACUCAAUAUAUUCGUCAAUGUUCCGACCUGGGGAACCAAAUCCGCCAGCUAGAGUGACUAUCUCCUGCCAACUUCCACAGGGUGUCGAGGUCAGUCUCAAUGUGAUACUGGAUCUUGGACCGAGAGAGGCGAGACGAGGCUUACACGUCCAAAGCCGCAGCUAUUGGGCCCCGGCCAACAUCGGUCCUUAUAGUCAAGCGAUCUGUGUACCAGUUCAGCAGUCUCCUGAAGCGGGAGUCAACGUGCACGAUGCAGGUCUCCUCGAAAUGGUUCACAUGGCUGGACAGAUCCCGCUGGUGCCCCAGAGCAUGCUUCUUAUGGAUGGCGACUUCACCCAUGCAGGUGUCUUGAGUCUUCAGCAUCUUUGGCGUGUGGGACAAGAACGAGACGUAGACAUCUGGCCCUGGGGGGUUGCGUUUGUCAAACAGGAUCCCAACGCAGCAGAGAGCAAUGCCACGACGGCUCUGCAAAUAUGGGAGAAAGCUCAUCGCAUAGGGACGAGGCCUAGGAAUACUUCAUCACGUGACGACGAGGAGGAGGAGGAGGACAACGACAGAGGUCCAGACGCCUGGGAUUUGCAAUUCAAUCGUUUCCAGCUGACGAUCUCGGCGUCACACGAUGAAGUCCUCGGCCGACAUCUUCAUGUUCUGCCUAACAACACAGUCUUCGGCCAACGAGCAACGGCCGCCGAUAUCAUACCUCCGUUCAUUGCGGCAGAGGUGAUAUCGCUACCGAGGGACGCACCGGUGGAAUGGUGGAGUCUAGGCGUUGCCAACGUAACCCAGGUGCUCGACUCAAAUCCUGCAGCGGCGUCUUGUGGGCGAGCAGAUUUUGCAUGGGGCUCAAUCAGCAGGACUUCCCUUCAUGCUGAGAAGUCCCGAGAAGCGUCUUCAGCACGGGCUUCGGCCGUCCAGCAUCUGAUGACGGUUUUGGUCCGGCUGGCCUCAGACAGUGGCGAUUUUCAAACAGGAUAUCAUCAACAUGUCGAAGAUGAUCUUCGCGCCUAUCUCUUGCAACUCAACAUCUCACACCAGCCGAAAUCACCACUGCUCGAAUGCGUCCACGGGACAGCCUUCGUGUCGACCGUCGGGGGACAUCCGCAGUGGGCCGAGCUCUCGAAAAGGCAGCUCUUCGGCACCUUGACGGUCAUACCAUGCAGGUCGGUGUACGGUCGACCCGGGACGCCAUUCUCGUCGAUCGACGACGCGUCCGAGGGAGCGAAAAGCAGCGAGAGUCUCGGUCAAGUUAGGUACCCUGGCACAGGCGUCGCAGACGUCACAGCCGAGUCCGCGACGUGUCAACCUUUGGCAGUAGCCAUGACGAUGCGUAUCGAUUCGACAAUCCGCGCAUAG